AUGGACGACAAGGCGGUACAGACCUUUGUUGACACCUCCGAGACGGUCAACGUAGCAAUAUCUGCUAUCACGAUGCUUCCUAGCCUGGUGGCCGGUGUGGAGUUGCGUAAGGUCCACCUCAGCAGAGCACAGGAAAGGUUGCGCACUCGUGAGGACAAUGUAUGGAGGUUAUACAACAGAAGACCCAACAGCAAAAUCGAACGGCGUCCAGGGUUCCAUACAUCGGAUAUGCUCAGGCUGUGGCCACCCCGGACACCAAGAGAGAGAAAUGUCGUCGAAAGAUGGGAACGAGCCAAAGAGAUGUUAUCGAUCGUUCAGGAGUGCCUGCAAGCCGUCGAAUCCGAUCUGAAGGAAUCAUUGAAGACACUCGGCGACAAGGUAGCUGCAGCGUUUUCAGAGCUUCUAGACCUCUACGUAGAGGAAGAUGCCGACGACCUGAAAGCCGCUUUGCUGAUGGUUGCUGAAGAGAAUCUCCCUGAAUCGCUCAAAGUCGAGGACGAGCCUCUGCAGAGCGAAGACGGUCAAAUGCGCGACGUGGCAGAUGCACUGGAAAAGCCGACUCCGGAUGACAUAGGCCGGAGGCGGCUGGCUCUCCAAGAUCUCGUGGAGCAAUGCGACGCAGCAAAGACUCAGCGGACGGCAGCAAGGACGGCCCUGAACAACUUCUUCAAGCAAGGCCGUCGCGUGGAUCCUAUUCCAGGAGAAAGCACGGACGACCGGAACUUCAGAGCAUUGAAGACAAUGCGUGACCUAACGCAGAAGGCACAAGAUGCCGAGUCCGAGUACAGUAAGAUCGCAGAAAGAGCGGCCAAGGAAGAUGCUAGGUCGUCCGAAUCCAUGUCCGGACACUUUCCAAUGUACCAUGCAUACCCAAACCACCGGCAAGAGGAGGCCGAGGCCGAGGGACGCCAGACUCUUGCCAACGCCGACUUUGACGCCAUCGCAGACUGGAAAGAGUUGGUCAGACAACAAGCGACCGCCGCAGACCCGGAGAAGUUGCCAAUCCAAUGGCAUCAGCGUGAGCAUUCAAGGUCCUCUAUGGCCAGCACAAUCCGUCUCAACGAGGAGAUCAACCACAAGAAUUAUAGCCAUCGUGGGAAGCGAAUGAUCGCGGCCUGGACCGAGAAAGGUCUGCGGUCAUACGACGACCUAAUAGACAGCUGGCCAGACGAGAUUAUCGAACGUCCUCAAAGAGCCUCGCCAGACCAUCAGCGGUAUGUCUCCGUCGCGGUUCAGACAGAUGCCACACCACCAGGAACACCUGCCAGCUCAGACAGGAAGAGCGAUUCAUACUUCACCCCUCCAGAAAGCACAUCAAGCACUGACACGUCGACAGCUUCCUCGCCAUAUGGCUCGAUGCGCUCCGGCGCGUCUGCGGGAAAUGUCUGGUCAGACAUUCAACGCGCCUCAGACGUGGGUUCUGCAGAUAUGCCUGGACGGGAUUCUUGUUGUUAUGAGUUGUUGUAA